AUGGCAUCACGAGCUAAAGCUAAACCACCAAAGAAGCGUCAACAACGCGCUACAUCGAACAUAUUUGCUAUGUUCGAUCAAUCACAAAUUCAAGAAUAUAAAGAAGCAUUUAAUAUUAUUGAUCAUGAUCGGGAUGGUUUUAUUAGUGGUGAUGAUUUAAAAGAUAUGUUUGCUUCAUUGGUUGUUACUGAUGCUGAAGUCGAUGGAAUGAUUCGUGAAGCACCAGGUGAUAUAAAUUUUACAAUGUUUUUAACAUUAUUUGGAGAAAAAUUAACGGGUACGGAUCCAGAAGAUGUUAUUAAAAAUGCAUUUAUGUCAUUAGAUGAAGAUGGUUCUGGUAAAAUAUCUGAAGAACGUUUACGUGAAUUAUUAAUGACAAUUGGUGAUCGUUAUACUGAUGAAGAAGUUGACGAAUUAUUUAAAGAAGCACCAAUUAAAAAUGGUUUAUUUGAUUAUCAAGAAUUUGUUAAAAUUCUUAAAUAUGGUCGAAAAGAUCAAGAUUAA